AUGGAUCAUAACUCCCAAAAUAAAGCAAGUAACAGUAAACCAAACAUUAAAGGAAAUGUCACUAGAAAGAAGUUGAAAUGCAUAUUCACAAAUGCCCAAAGCAUUGUCAACAAAAGAGACGAACUACAGAGUACUGUAUACCAAGAAGAGCCAGAUAUAAUAAGCAUUGUAGAGACAUGGCUAAAUAGUAAGAUAUCAGAUGCUGAGAUACAAAUUCCUGGUUAUCAAGCCACUCGUCUAGAUAGGCAAAACAGACCACAUGGAGGUGUUCUAUUGUACACCAAGGAAGGAAUAGAAGUACAACAAAGGACAGAUUCUGAGCUAAAUAUCUACAACGAAGCACUAUGGUGUGAUAUCACUAGCCAAGGCACAGAACUAGAUUUGUUAAUUGGUAUUGUGUACAGAAGCCCCAACAAUACAAAUGAAGAGAACGACAACUUAAACAAAGCCUUAUGCCUGCUAAAUAAAGUACAGAAAGACAUCUUGAUCAUGGGCGACUUCAAUUAUCGUGAUAUUAAUUGGGAAGCAGGCUCAGGCAAGUCAGAAGCUUUUUUGGAUGUUAUUAUGGACAACCUGUGGACUCAACAUGUGUCCGCACCGACGAGACAAGAAUCACUCCUGGACCUUGUGAUUACAUCAAACCCUUGUGCAAUCGAUGAAGUAGAAAUCAUAGCACACUUGGGAAAUAGUGACCAUACUAUGCUACGAUGGGAUACAAACUACUACGUAAAUCAGAAUGACACUGUACCUAAACGAGACUUCAAAUCUGCCAACUUUGAUGCAAUCAGAAGUGAAUUAGAAGAAAUUGAUUGGAAUAACAAACUAAACAACAAAUCAGCUGAUCAGGCAUGGAAUGAAACUAAGGCUGUGCUUCAUCGGCUAAUAUAUGACUAUGUACCUACAAAACAACAACGCAAAAAGAAGAAGACGCUGUGGCUCACGAGGAGAGCACAGAAAUCGAUUCGUCGCAAACACAGAGCAUGGAAGCGAUAUAAAUCCCAGAAGACAACUCAAAGAUUUGAGCACUAUAAGCAGUGCCAGAAAGAGGCAAAGCGUGAAGUAGAAGUAGCCAAAAGAAGCUUUGAGAAAAGACUAGCUGAGAAUAUAAAGGAAGAUACUAAAAGCUUCUAUGCAUAUGUGAGAACGAAACAGAAGGUAAAGGAUUCCGUCGGGCCUCUUAAGAAUGAAGCUGGCGAAACAAUUAACCCAGGAGUUGAUACAGCUAACGCCCUCAACAACUAUUUUGUGACGGUGUUUGCAGAUGAGAAAAUGAAGCACCCAUUCCUCAAACAAUAUUUCAAGGACCAAAUGACAUGUUUCUCAAAGACUUCUCGAUAA